UCAUGAGAUCAUCGCGACGUACACCACGGUGCAGCGCAGAAGAAGCCUGCUUAAUAAGCGCUUACCAGCGAUUGCAGAGCAGUAGAGUCUGUAUCGCAAUCACGCAAGCUACUGUUGAAGAGCUGCACAUCUCUCAGUCUGAUCACAGUGAGUAAAGAAGUGAAAACGUCAAGAUGAAGGAUUUGUUUAUGUGUGACGUCAUACAUAGGCCAUCAAAUUUGUGUGGGUAACCCGUACAUUUUGAUGGCAUUACAUGUGCAUGCGUUGUAAAGAAAAUGGCUACCACAGUGUGUGUGUUGACAUCUCUCUGAAGCUGUCCAUUUGGAGCCAGAACAAUUCCCUCUCCCCCCAAAUACGCCGAACAAACGUUUCGAAAGGAUCUCAUUGAGCUAACGAACAAAUUCAACUGAUUCAUCUGACCGAUCAAUACCACUUUGUGUCUUCUAGUACUACAGUUACCAUGGCGUCUACUCCCGAGGGUUCAGGGGGUGGUGGUCGUAAGAGGAAGCCGGGCACCCCCCACCAGGGGGCACCGGGGGAGAAGGUGGCCAGGGCCCCCAAGAAGUGUGAUCGAAAAGCUUGUGAGAUCAUCAAUGCAGACCCAUUCUGCUUUGUGAGGGCUACAGACAAGUGUGCUAAGAACGGGUACACGUCACGUUGGUACCACCUCAGUGCUGGACAACACUUCUGUAACGAAUGCUUCGAGUACUUCUACAGAAGCAACAAGCCUGGCCAUACCAUCUUCAUGACGUGGUCGGCUAUGUGGGAUCGUGAGGCAGGAGGGGAUAAACUGAGUCCAGGUCCUAAGACCUUCCUAAUGGACCAGUACCUCCCAGUGUGGGUACAGUGUACAAGAGAGGGGUGUGGCAAGUGGCGCAAGCUCCCACCAUCCAUAGACCUGCGUCAUGUCAAACAGAACAUAGUCAAGUGUACGGAUUGCUCCAUACCUGAAGAUGAGGUGGCGGGGAUGGUGUCCAGCCCUCAUUGGAUACACACCAUGAGUUACACUCCUCUGUUGCGUUACUCUGUCCUCGCCCCACUGCUCAGUGAGUAUGUGCCUGAGGGCGUGGGGAUCAGCCCCACAACUGUGGCACACGUCAAGGCAGUCAUGGAGCGAAGGAAGGAGGAGCUUAAUGGCAAGGAGGAAGGAGAGGUCCCAUUGUGUGCUAUCUCAGUGAUCAACGACCCCCUCCACCCGUUCAACCACCCUCAGGACGGGCCCAGGGCACGAGCCUUCACUCCGGACAGCAUGGAACCCGAGGAGAUGCAACAGUUCCCUGAGUAUUGCAAGCAGACGGACGCUCAGUCCAAGGGACACAGCCCUCGACUGGAACUAUUCUGUAUCAUGAGGAAUGUCAUCCUAGCUCUCUGGUUCUACAGCCAUAAGGAGUACCUCACAGUUGGUCGCUGCAUACAAGGUCUGAGUCUCCGUGGCAUCACUCGUAUCUGGUGCUCCUAUCAGCUCCCCCGGAUCCACCAGUACCUCACUGAGCAGGGGUACAUUAACGUGGGGCUACUCAACAAUGUGUCACGCCCCCUACCAUACGCACGUGAUGGGCGUGGCACUGUCCUGAUUGUAGGGACGGGGGCAGCAGGUUUGUCUGCAGCUCAUCAUCUCAAGAACUUUGGCUUUCAGGUUCGUUUGCUUGAAGCGAGUGGGCGUAUUGGUGGGCGUGUCCGUGACGACCACUCGCUGGGCAAGUGCGUUGGUAUGGGUGCCAUGUUCAUCACUGGCAUGUCCAACAAUCCCUUCACUUUGCUGAGUCGGCAACUUGGUCUUCCUCUGAGAAUGAUUAACGAGGAAACGUGUGAGCUAUUUGAUGAGAGUGGGCGUCGCCCUGACAAGCAGUUGGAUCUGGCAGUGGAGCGACACUACAACACCACUCUAGAUAGACUCUCCGAGUGGCGGUCUCACCAUGGCAACGACUUCUCAUUGGAAAAGAAGUUGACUGACCUGCAUGAGCAAGUGGUGAUGGAGGAGAGACAAGGACGACCAUUCACUGAGGAGGAAGAUCGGAUACUGGACUUCCACUACAGCAACUUGGAGUUUGCCUGUGGAGCCACUAUAGACAAGAUCUCAUCCUUCAAUUGGGACCAUAAUGACAACUUUGCUCAGUUCUCUGGUUGCCACGCCCUCCUGCCUGAUGGGUUUGGUAUGAUAUUCUCUCGUCUGGCCGAGGACAUGGACAUACAGUUGGACACGGUUGUGAAGCGUGUGGACUUGGUGCCUGGUGGUGGGGGCGUGAGGGUGACUGACUCUCAGGGGAAGCUCUACCAAGCGGACAAGGUGAUAGUGACUGUCCCCCUCUCUGUACUCAAGAGCAACAUGAUUUGCUUCACCCCGUCACUGCCUGAGAGGAAGACACAAGCCAUACAAAGCCUGGGGGCGGGGCUUGUUGAGAAGGUGGCUCUCAAGUUUCCUGAACCAUUCUGGAGGGGGGCAGUCGGGGAGGCUGAUUUCUUUGGCCAUAUCUCCUCCAAUAGAGCUGAGCGAGCGCUGUUUGGAGUAUUCUACGAUUUCUCUAACAGAAGCAACACCGUCACCACAGCUACGGACUCUAAACCAGACGAUUUGACCUCUGAACCUAGUCAUAUCCUAUUAACCACCGUGUCUGGUGAAGCCUUGAAACAGUUCCAAUUGAGCUCAGAUGCUGCAAUAGUGUCUCGAUGUGUGGCCACUCUUCGUAAGAUGUUCCCUGGAGAGGAGGUUCCUGAGCCAUUGAGUUAUGUCAUCAGUCGAUGGGGGGAAGACCCCUAUGCUAUGAUGUCAUACUCGUAUGCUGCCGUGGGAUCGUCUGGGGAGGAUUAUGAUGCUCUGGCUGAGGAGAUAGGGGACACACUGUUCUUUGCUGGAGAGGCCACCAAUCGACGCUACCCACAGACCGUGACAGGUGCCUACUUGAGUGGUCUAAGAGAAGCACGUAAAAUAGUCAAACUGUCAAACACUCAGAGAUAGCACUUCUUGAACACUCUCAGCCUCUCAUUAGCUUGCUUUAUUCAAUUGUCAUCUGUUGAUUCAGUUCUCAGGUUGUGUUGUUCUUGUGAAAUAUAUUUGUUGUACUUGUUCAA